AAUUGGAUUUUGAUGUAUAAUGUCUGCGCAGGAAGGUGGCGCCACGUCGCGGAUACUGCAGAAACUACAGCUACCCAUUGUGAGUGCGAGCCGAUGUCGAUGCCUUUACGGUGACCUCCCCGAUCACCAGAUAUGCGCUGGUUAUCCGGAGACGGGGGGCAAGGACUCAUGCCAGGGAGAUUCUGGAGGGCCCCUGGUGGUGUCGGGGCUGCAGAUAGGGGUGGUUUCGUGGGGGUACGGCUGUGCAAAGCCAAGAUAUCCCGGAGUGUACACCGAAGUGGCCGCGUACCGAAGCUGGAUCAACAGGAAGACUGGAAUUUGAUCAAAGUUCCUACGAAAGUGACACAUGUCAAACCCUGACUGAUAGCCAGCUACCGUAUUUGCCUGAAUGCAAUGACAUUUUGAAACGCUAAAUCGAGAAUUAAAAGACAUUCUUUUGUUAAAAAUGUGA